AUGCAUUUUUCUGUCCUGGCUCUGACUAUAGCGUUGUACGCAAGUGGUGCCUGCUCAGUCCCAAGUCAGAAGAUAAACGUCCAACCCACGGUGACCAUAAGUUCAGGUCUUGUUGCUGGGAUUGCCACCUCUCUUCCACCGUCCGAGAGGGUGGUUCAUAAAUUCCUUGGUAUCCCAUUCGGCAAGCCUCCUGUCCGUUUCAAGCCGCCCCAGCCAGCUGCACCGUGGCAAUCUGUGUAUGACGCUUCCACAUACAGGCCCGCUUGUCUCCAACAGUUCAAUUAUCCGGAAGAAAAACGCAACCAGUCAAUCAAAUGGUUCAACACACCCGGCCCUCCCGCCGGAGAGAGCGAAGACUGUCUAAAUCUCAACGUCUUUUCUCCUGCCUCGGCAUCUGAAGGCUCCAAGGCGGUGCUUUUUUGGAUACACGGAGGCUCUUUUCGCUUCGGGUCCGGGUCCCUGCCUCUCUAUGACGGUUCGAGCUUUGCUGCAAACCAAGAUGUUGUGGUAGUGACAGUUAACUAUCGAACCAACGUGUUUGGCUUUCCCGGAUCACCCGAGCUACCAGUGGGAGAGAGGAACUUAGGAUUGCUCGAUCAACGCCUCGCCCUCGAUUGGGUGCAUCGAAAUAUCGCUCCAUUCGGCGGAAAUCCAGAGAAAGUAACAAUCGUAGGUGAGAGUGCAGGUGGAGGAAGCGUGGACGCCUUAGUUGGUGCUCCGCCAGAUCCAAUUCCCUUCCGCGCCGCAAUCAUGCAAUCCGGCGAGUCAUCAGUACGACUUCUCGUUAGCGACCCCGCUGCUUCGUGGAAAAAGUUAGCGGAAGCAACUGCUUGCCCUUCUGACAUUGCCCUUGAAUGCCUUCGCUUCUUCCCUGCCUCAAAGAUUAAGGAUAUCAGUGAACGACUUCAGCUCGAAUUCGGGCCGGUGCCAGAUGGUGGCCUCACGUAUGCAGACACACCACGGACAAACCGCCUUAACUCGGCUAAAAAUGCAUCACUUAUUGCACGUGUACCAGUGCUCAUAGGAAGCAACGCUGACGAAGGUCGCCCUACCGUAUUGGGACAGAACGACACCGAAGCAUAUCUCCGUGCUUCCCUGCCCGGUCUCCCAGAAGCAGCUAUCAAAAAGAUCCUAGACGCAUACCCUCUUGGUACACCAGGAAUAGCCAAUGAAUUCGAACGCCUUGCUACCAUACUCACCGAGCUGGUGAUUCUAUGUCCAGCAUCGUUAAUUACACAAGAGAGUGCUGUGGUGGGCAUCGAUACUUGGCGGUUUUAUUUCAACGCGAGUUUUCCGAAUACAGAACUGUUUGAAGGAAGCGGGGCAUACCAUACAGCAGAGAUCAACCUUGUUUUUGGCACGUAUCCACAGACAGGGAAGACGAAGUUCCAAGUAGAUGUCAGUAAUGGGAUGCAGGAAGCGUGGGCAAGAUUUGUGAAGGACCCGAACAAUGGACUGCCGUGGCAAAAAGUGCCACAACUAGGGGUGUUCGGCGGUGGUGCCAGAGCUAGCAUGGAUGAGAAAGGAAAAAAAGUUUUGAGUGCUAUAGAUUCCCAGUUAGUGGAUAGGAGAUGUGCUCUGUAUCAAGAGCUGUAUAGGUUAAAAAGUGGCGGCGUGUAA